AAGAUGUCUGGUCGUGGUAAGGGAGGCAAGGGUCUCGGAAAAGGAGGCGCUAAGCGCCAUAGGAAGGUGUUGAGGGAUAAUAUCCAGGGUAUUACAAAACCUGCUAUUCGUCGUUUAGCUCGUCGUGGGGGAGUGAAGCGUAUUUCAGGUCUCAUUUACGAGGAGACUCGCGGGGUGCUGAAAGUGUUUCUGGAGAAUGUGAUCCGAGAUGCUGUCACUUACACCGAGCAUGCGAAGCGAAAGACUGUGACUGCUAUGGACGUUGUUUAUGCGCUGAAACGGCAGGGUCGUACUCUGUACGGAUUUGGAGGCUAAGCUGUGCUAUUAAUUCUCUUCCAAAACAUCUAUAACCCAAAGGCUCUUUUCAGAGCCACCCACGCUUUCAUGAAAAGAGCUGUUGUACGUGCAUCUUUCUUUUUCAGUAGAAAAGCCCGAUAGAGCGAGAGCCUGUGCUUCUGUUUAUAUUUGAUCAAACCUCAUAUUGUAGGUGAAAGUGGGU